AAGAAGUAGAAGUUUACAAUGGCGAUGACAGUCUGAAUUUCAAAUAAUAGCUACUUGAUUGUUUAGCAUGAUAUUGUUGGGAAUAUAGUGGCCAUAGGGUGAAGCGUGUGCAGACUUGACCGUAACUUGUCUGCAGUCCCGAAAGUUUCAGUGUAAAGGUCACGUCGUUGUUUCGUGCGAUUGAAAUAAACAAAAUCGCUCGCAGUUUCGUAUUCCCAAGUCCACGGCGAGCACUAAUGACAAAAUGGGGAAUGCCAAUUCAGAUUUGUGGACCUCUACUUAUUUAGCAAUCAAAAAUAAGCACGACCAGGCGUUUGCUGCUAUAGAACAAGCAAUAUCUCUGGAGGAGCGAGACAAGCCUCACGAAGCAUUAGAAAAGUACAAAGAAGGAAUCAGUUUGAUAGACCAAGCGCUUAACAUUCAAGUGCAAUGUCCCGAUACUCCCGACGUGACGUGGGACAAAGCGUGUCAAAUGGUGCAAAAGAUAAAGAAAACGCGGGCGGAAGUGCUGACUCGCAUCCAUUGCAUCCAAUCAUCUCCGAGCUACAAUUCAGUAUUGGAGGACCCUCCGUCUUACGAAGAGGCCAUGUCUUCGUCCGAUGAAAGUAGUCAGCCGGUAACUUACCGGGAACUGGCUCAGGCGUUGAACGACCUCAGUCUCGAUCCCAAUCUCCAUUUGCAAGAGGACGUGAUUUACACGUACCAUGGCGUCCGUCUCUACUUUAUAUCACCAAGCGGGGAAGUGUUGUCCACUCAGGAGCCCCAAAUUCUGAAAAUCUCGUUAGUGGAGGGUCAGGAACCCAAUGCUCCGCGAGCCAUACUCCAAAUCGGCGAAUGGGUGUACCCAUUGGUACCGGGCGUGUCCCCCUGUUACCGUACCGAUUACGGCGCCUUCAUUCUACCGGACGUUUAUUCGGAAGUGCCCGGAUCGUCUGUGGGUAUAAUUUUACCGUCGGAUGCGGACGAAGACGUAUUCGAUUUGCUGGAGAACAUCCUCCACGGAAUAAUUACCCAGGAAACGGAACAAGAAAUCCAGCAGGAGAAACGCAGGAGGGAGCAAACUCGCGAAGAUGUCAGCACGAAAAUCUCAAACAAACUGGUCGACGGUGCUUGGUACUUGUCCCAGGGGCUCAUAAGGGGAGCGGAGAAAGCGGGGAAUCUCAUCGACAAAAAUACGCCCAAGCUUAUUAACAGCAUCAGCCGCGUCGAAAGGGCAUCCGAGGUGAACCCUACCGUCUCCAAGGGCCUCCAAAUAGCCGAAACUGCUACCAGUAAAGCUGCCAAGGUGACGGGCUUUGUAGCGGAAAAGGUCGGGUACGCCACAGUGUGCCUUGGUCAAUAUUUGGCGCCCCACAUCCAGAAACAGGGCACCAAGCUGUUAACCAGGGGGUUCAACAUGCCGGAAGAGGAAGCGUCGGAGAAGGUGAGGGGCGUGCUGACGGUCGCCGCCGGGGCUGUGGAGGGGUUCUCGACCAUCUACAGGGGGUUGGAGACGUCCGCGGCCGUGCUGGGGCGUAGCUUGAAAGACAACACGGUAAAGGUUGUGGAACACAAGUAUGGGACUCAAGCAGCUGGGGCGACCGAAUCGGGUCUAAACGCCAUGGGCAACACGUACUGCACUUACCGUAACGCCAAAUUCAUAACUCCGAAAUCGAUGGCAAAAACUACGGGAGCUGCUAUGGUGCACGGCUAUUCGAACUCCGUUCAGGCCAAUAUGGCGUUGAGGGACCGCUUGGAGGCGGGGCCGUCCGCUUCUAAGGAGGCCGACUGCUACAAGGGCGAGAAUGAGGACACUGAUAAACGGACCAAAGAAUAAAAGUCUACUCAUAUACUUUCCGUCGCUGGGUUACUUUUUUUUCGAUCGGGUUUUUAAUGUUUUUUAUAUUGUACGUGGAGAUUGUGAGAUUGUUUUUUCAACAAAUUUUAUGCUAUAUUUGUUAUACUCAUGUAUAAGGCUUAUGGAGGUAAACUGAGCCGAGAGCUGGAGUUCCGGAAUAUAGGGUAUGGUGAAGUCAAAAUUGCUGUGAUACAACAACAUAUAGGCAUUAUAGAUACGUUAAAAUAUUCAAGUAUGUUGAUAUUAAAAAAAAGACUUUUUACACCCCCUCCCCCAUUCCAACCCAGCCAUCAUAGAAGGGGCAAAUCCUUCAAAUAUAUACAGGGUGUCCAAAAAGUUUGUUAAAAUACUAUAUCUCAUUUAUUUUGUUUUAGAAAAAAAUGUUAAAUACCAAAGUUAUAUACUAAAAGAACCAAUUUAAAAUUAUUUUCAUUGAUCGAUAAAUAUGUGCAAAACCGAACUUGUAUUUUUUCAAAUGAAACGUCCUGUAUAUUAUUGCAUUAGUAUAUCAAUAACCCAAUGUAGGGUUGUUAUGGUCUCUACCUAUGACCAUUAUUUUGUCAAAAUGCCCUGUGUUUAAUACUAUACUUGUGACCGAGAGCUCUAAUUUUAUUAAUUUAAUUUAUUAAUUAAUUAUUAUUUAUUAUUAUUAAAGGGCACAUGAGUUUCCUAUCGGGAUCUAGCUUGAAGAAUGCAUUCAUUAUUGGCUAUGCGAAGGCGACCCUC